AUGAAAAUCCUGGGAAGAGUCCUAAACCAUGAUGAUGAUUCUGUAAACGAUCGUCCACCAGGUCCUAAACUUGUAACGUUUGCGAAAGCUGCAAUAAAGAUAUGGAAGGAUUUUGGCAUGAAUUCUGGGACGAAUGGAGCCAUGUUUCGAGGGGAACCUCCUUUGAACAUUGCUGAAAAUCGUAACCCCAUCGAUUAUUCCUCAAUGGGAAAAGUAAGAUUUAGAUACUUUGUGGAUGUUUGCGAAGUAGAGAUUCAUGGUCUUCCAAAGCCGAAAUUAUACUUAGUCCAAAUAAGUUUGCGUGGAAGUUUUGGUGCUGGUGGAAAACCGUUCAGCAAAAAAACUAAGGGGCCAGUUGCUUAUUUUCACCAAAGUUCAGGAAAUCGUCAUCUAAUCACGUUUGAGUUUGAUACAAGCAGAAGUAAUUUUAUCCAGGUAGAGAGCCUUUUUUCUUCUUAAGGAUUUAAAAUGAACUAAGCAAACAUCCAUCUACCGAGUACCCAGUAAGAGUAUGUCCUUUUGAAUAUUUAUGAAUGAAUAAGACUUUGUUUGAAUAAAAGUGACAGAUGAGUGUUUUUUUCCAGACCGAAUGACAUCGAGAGCUCGUCAAAAUUUAGUGAUUCCGUAAACACAGACUAAGAUACCUUUCACUCAAGCACGGAAAAGACAUAACACUAAAGUGGUAACCACCAUGUCAACCGUUUGCAUGAGGCCAAGGUUUCCCUUUUCUUUUGCUAGCUACAUGAAUGAAAAAAGUUUUAAUCUAUGCAAUUAAAUUAAUUAAAAGUCAGGCAUUAAUAGCUCAAUCAAUUCCAAGUAGGCCUAUGAUGGUUAACAGUUAAUAAAUUUUCAUUUAACGAACUUUAUCACUCCCUACAGGUAGAGGCAAGUUUUUGCCGUCGACGUCGAGACUCGAUGUCUUGUUUGAAGCACUCACCUGAUCCCGUCAGAACAUGCUUUAAUAUUCCUUGUAAUCUUGACGGCAUCCCGAGAGAAUUCGUCAAAACUGACGUAAAGAAACAUGAAUUUUGGUUUGAUGACCAAACCUCUAUUAGACUUACUGUCGUGACUCAUCCACCUUCACAUUUGCCCGGGCGGUUUGCGCACUGCGAUCAAGAAGGCGAGGAGUGAACAUGUUGCAGGAAGCGACUGUGGGGACGAAUAUUCGUUAAAUACGCUGUAGAAAUCAGCUAAGUAUUUGCCCUUUAUUUCCUUUCAAAGACGUCUGUAAAAACAGAGGCUAUCGAAUUAUCGGGGGAAAACAGUGUCAUACCUUUAAUAAGUGUAUUUUGUUCGAAAUCACUCACAUGCGGUCGGUGAAUCGAAGCUUUAUUGCUGCUUUGUUUGGGUUUGCUUAGAGUCAAUAACACUAGGGUUUGUAAUUGUCAAGCUUCGCAUCCUUUGCCAGCCAUAUAAACCAUACUACACUCAAACCAACCGGUUUGNGUCAGGCAUUAAUAGCUCAAUCAAUUCCAAGUAGGCCUAUGAUGGUUAACAGUUAAUAAAUUUUCAUUUAACGAACUUUAUCACUCCCUACAGGUAGAGGCAAGUUUUUGCCGUCGACGUCGAGACUCGAUGUCUUGUUUGAAGCACUCACCUGAUCCCGUCAGAACAUGCUUUAAUAUUCCUUGUAAUCUUGACGGCAUCCCGAGAGAAUUCGUCAAAACUGACGUAAAGAAACAUGAAUUUUGGUUUGAUGACCAAACCUCUAUUAGACUUACUGUCGUGACUCAUCCACCUUCACAUUUGCCCGGGCGGUUUGCGCACUGCGAUCAAGAAGGCGAGGAGUGA